AUGAUUGAGAACGUGGACUGGUUUGAAGUGAUUGACAAUCUGGAGGAGGAUUUGUUUGACGGUGACGACUGGCUGUCGGAGCUUUUACGCGAGGAACCGAAGGAUGGCGUCAAUGUUGACGUGGAACCCGUGGAGAGCUCGGCGCCCGUGGCGGAAGAGUUGACUUUGGAUCCGUCACUGUUGACUCUUCCGACUUACACGAAUUAUCCCCGCAGUUACACUCAGACAUUUGAACCUCGUGACCUUCCGAUGAAUCAUGUCUUUCCGUUGACCCUGCAGCAAAGUGUCUCUACAGAAGAUGAGAUACGGUUCACGCCGAGCACCAACUCCAUACUGACUCCGUCUGGGUCAAGUGCGCAUUCUCAGAGUCCCCCAAGAGCAGUGAAGUCUCAGAAGCGCAAGCCAAGACCAGAUCAUAAGGCGGACCGAUCAGAUGUUUUGACCACAGAUCUUGCUCCUAAAACAGAGUAUAAGCAUGAUCAGGGCGGUAACCUUCAGGGUGUAUUCACUGUGUCUGGACUGAAUACUAGGGUUAGAGGUCCAUUCACUGAAGAAGCCCGAAAGGCCACUGCGAUUGCGAGAAAAAGAGGUUUGGAUAAUGCUAACUUGGUAGUGCAUAAUGCCAGAGAAUCCCUACGAGCCAUGUCUGAGGUGCUCAAGAUUGACGAUUCUGAAACGUCCAUGCAUCAGAGUCAAUCUGAACGAGCUACCCCUGCACAGACUAGCAAGCUGUACGAAUGGCUGUCCAUCAAGGAUGUCAUGAACGCAAAGCUAAACAUCGACCUCGAUCGACAUACAAUCAAGCUAACCCAAGGAUUUGACUGUGAGGUUGAAGUGACCGUAUCAAAGUUUCAACCUUUGCCCGGAGACAAAACCUCAUAUCCGUGGAGAGACUCUGCGGGAAACCAAAGGAUGCUCGAGUUACCGCACUACUACAUCGCCGACAUGGAUAGUCAUCAGAGGGUCAUCGAUGAGUACAACCUCAAGUCCUACAAGGUGUACAUUCAGAGACUUCUCAAGGGUAAGAGCCCAUUGAUGAUUUGGACCCUUCAAGAAGCCAUACGGUUCUCGGAACAACACAACAGCUCCCUUGUCAAGGAUAGUCUGCGGCUUUGGGCUGGAAGUCGGCUCACUGAGUUACCGUGGAUGAUCUGCGGUGAGCAUACACUCGGUCAGAUUCCAGUUCAAGAUCUCGAGUGUCCCCGCAGUGGUACGAUACCGAUACCUCCGAUCAUGGACACGCAGAUGGACCAUCUCGUCAUCAAGAACAUCAUGACCCCGCUUCGUCAGAGGAUUCUUGCAGGUCUGCAGACAAAGAUCAUGGAGAAGAAGCGUGAGAACUGGUACGAGAUCUAUCUCACGACAUUUGUCCUUCUCAGCAACAUGGAACGUCAAUUUGCUCAGGUGUUGUACAUCAUCGACUGGUAUGGAAUGGAGAGCCGCUUCGGCACAAGAGGAAACUCGUCCGUCAGCGAGUCAUUCAUACACUCGUGCAAAACACUACUGGCAUUCUUUCACUAUGCUGGUGGGAGUCAUAAACCGCUUGCGCUGGAUUGGAAAGGUUCUAAAGCGCCUCUGGGGAUCAUGACGCAGCAGCAAGCUGAGUAUCUGGACAAGACGCAGAGACAGAUUGAUCGCGAGGGUGAGGGCUUGACGGGAUUGAAGACAGAGUCGAUUUAUGAGAGGGAUAUGUAUUGGUGUCAUCAGUUGCUGCUGGGAGACUGCAAGGUGGAUGAGCAGAAUGAUCGAGAGAUUGAUGAACUGAAGGAGGAGGACUACAUUUUUCACUGA